GCCUACCUCGGACCAAGGAAUACAUCGGUGCAAAUUGCAAAAAUCAUAGCAUCCACCGUAGUCGUAGUUGCCUUCAUCAUGGGAAUUGUUAUGCUGGCUUCCGCCUAUGUAACAGCCACCGCGACUUGCAGACAAUUGGAACAAGACUUGGAACUUCUUGGAGAAGUUGCCGACAGAUUCGAAAAUCCCAACGUUGGACUUCCGCAGCCUGAAGCCUUGAAACAGGAUGAAACCAAGCAAAAGAAGCGCCAAUCUGAGAGUACGGAAAUACCAAAGAAGAACAUCAAAGAAAUUGACGACAAUUCCGUGGACGAUGACUCGUCAGAUGAUUCGAGCGAAGAACCAAAAGUCCAUUUCAAACUGCCCCUUCAACUGGACUUCGAUGACUUAGCUGGAAGCUUAAUUGCUAAGAAUCAACGAUCCAAGAUGAACUGCAUUGUUGAGAAGAAGCGCGCCGAAGAAGUGGUAGACCAUCAGCCCAAAACCCUCCGAUUGCCAUUUGGCGUCAAUCUAACCACCGAUCCACGAUUUGAGCGACUGACUGGCGAACGAAUGAUCAUUAUUUGCGAAAGUGGUAACAUGCAAAGCGCCCAACAGCCCGAAAAGCCUCAACAAAAUGACGAUGAUGAUGACGACGAUGACGACAGCGAACAAGACACCAUCAUGAUCCAGCCAGUGAUGAUUCCAAUCCCACACACCGCGUUCCAAACUCACAUGCCUCAACAGAUGCCUCCCAUGCAACAGCAACCCCAGAUGGAGAUGCGCCCCAUGCAUCCAAUGGAAUCAAUGAGACCACCAAUGCCACCAAUGAGACCCGGCAUGGAGAACAUGCGCCCACCAAUGCCACAGUUCCGCCCAGCCAUGGAUAUGAUGCGCCCACCCAUGAUGCCGCCCAUGGAGCGUCGCCCAAUGAUGGAACAGCCCAGACAACCGAUCGAGAAAAUCAUCGCCAUCAGACAGAGCUACGAGCCGGUCAGCCAGUCCUUGGAACCUCAACGCUCAGAGGAACCUCAACGGCCCCAAAUGAUGUUCAUUCCUCAGCAAGUUCAAAUUCGCGUGGAACCUCAACAGUCGCAACAGCAAUCUGAGGCCUCGCCAAACCCAAUCAUUCAGCACAUCAUUCAGCAAAUCAUCGCUCAGAAAAUCGCUGAGUCGCAAAGAGCCAGCCAGGAGAGUCAGCAACCACAAGAGAACAGAGAUUCAGUGGAACAACAGCGACCAAUGCCAGUUCGUCCCUUGCCUCAAAGAGUUAUGCCCAAUGGAUUCCCUAUUCCUGAAGAAGUGUUGACUCAGCUUAACAGAUUGCCCAACAAUGACCGCGUUAUUGUAGCAGUAUCUGAACCGGAAUCUUCGGAAGAAGACUCGUCUGAAGAAUCUGGCGAGACUCAAGAGAUGGGCGGACAAGAGCAAAGACCUCAACCAACCGCCGAAAUGGAAAAUCGUCAGGCUUACGUGCGAAGAUUGCCCAUAAACAUGCUUGCUAACACGAUGCAACAACAAGGCGCUGACCAAGAAGAACCACAAGCUGCUGCUUCUGAAGAAACUCGUCCACACUACGUUCAACCAAGAUCAGUUUCUUCUGAUGAGCCCAAGUCCCGAGCUACCAGAUCGGCCAAUCCGCUGCUGGGCGAAAAGAGAGUGAAACGUUGCGCUUGCGACUGUGCCUGCUAAGUACGGCACCGAGAAGACAACAUUACAAUUUACUAAACAUUACAGUAUACGUAGAUAUAGACGAGGUACUUAGAGCUUGUUCAGUAACAUUUCUUCGCAGCUUAUUUUCCCGAAAAAGUUGUAAAUAAUAGCGGAUUGAAGCAAUUCAAGUUAGCCCUACCCCGAUAAUACUACACUCUACAUUAUAACGUUUUUAGGUUUAGGAUUAAUGAGUUAGUGAUAUGUAUAUAGAAUUUCUAUAUGAUGUUCUUUCGGUCUUUGAGAAUGUGAUACGAUAUCCGAAAUUUGUGGAAAACAACAAUAUUUCUGAAUAAAUUAGAUUUAUUUUUUG